GCCUUGUGCAGCAUUCGCCAAAAGGAAAUUAGAGAAAAUAAAGAGGAAAGUGAAAAAGGUGGAAGAAGUAGAGGAAGAAAGAAAUGGAGGAGAGUGGAAUCGCAACCAAUGUAGCGCGAGCCAUAGCCACUGCCAUGGACUGGACCUCCUCUCCUGAUGCUCGUGCUUCUGCGCAUUCCUACUUAGAAACUAUAAAAGCUGGAGAUACUCGCGUAUUGGCAAAUACCUCAUUUAUUUUGGUAAAGAGAGACUGGUCUUCUGAAAUCCGGUUACAUGCUUUUAAAAUGCUCCAGCAUUUGGUACGGUUGCGUUGGGACGAGCUAAACCCUGCUGAACGGAGGAACUUUGCAACUGUAGCUGUUGAGUUGAUGUCUGCAAUUGCAAACCCUUCUGAAGAAUGGGCUUUGAAAAGUCAGACAGCUGCUCUAGUUGCUGAGAUAGUUAGAAGAGAAGGCCUAAGUUUGUGGCAGGAACUUCUGCCAUCUAUAAUAACUCUUUCCAACAUGGGUCCUAUACAGGCCGAGCUGGUAUCAAUGAUGCUAAGGUGGCUUCCAGAAGAUAUUACUGUUCAUAAUGAGGAUUUAGAAGGUGAUAGGCGCAGGAUUUUAUUACGUGCACUAAGUCAGGCUUUGUCAGAUAUCUUCCCUCUGUUAUACACUUUGCUAGAAAGGCACUAUGGAACUGCGAUCAUGGAAGCUGGUAGACAGCAAAUGGACAUUGCAAAACAGCACGCUGCGGCAGUAAUAGCCACUGUUAAUGCCGUGAAUGCUUAUGCUGAGUGGGCGCCAUUACUAGAUCUUGCGAAAUAUGGAAUUAUUUAUGGUUGUGGUUUCUUACUCACUUCUCCUGAUUUUCGCCUUCAUGCAAGCGAGUUUUUCAAACUUGUCUCGUCAAGGAGAAGACCUGUAGAUGACGCUGCUGACUUUGAUUCUGCAAUGAGGAAUGUUUUUGAGAUCUUAAUGAAUGUCAGCAAAGAUUUCUUAUACAAAUGUACCUCUAGUUCUGGCAGCAAUGAAAGUGACUUCGAGUUUGCAGAAUGUAUAUGUGAGAGUUUGGUUUCUUUGGGCUCAACACACCUGCAAUGUAUUGCCGCUGAUAGCACAGUUUUGUCAAAUUACCUUCAACAGAUGCUCGGGUUUUUCCAACACUUUAAGCUGGCACUUCACUACCAAUCUCUCCUCUUUUGGCUGUCGUUGAUGCGCGACCUAAUGGCCAAAUCUAAGUCUGUUUUGGCUGAUGACUCGAAUAUGGGCACUGGACAUGCGGAUAAUGAAAAGAAAAAGAUGCUAGCGUUAAUAACUGAUGAUAUUUGCAGUGCUAUAUUAGACACAUGCUUCUGUCGCAUGCUGAAAAAGGAAAAAGUUGAUUCUGGGAUGGCACCAGCAGCCGGAGCCUUGGAAUUGUGGAGCGAUAACUUUGACGGCAAAGUGGAUUUCGGCCAGUACCGUUCACGACUGUUGGAAUUGAUCCGUUUUAUCGCAUCUGACAAGCCCCUUGUAGCUGCUGCUAAAGUUUCUGAGAAAAUUACAGAAGUAAUAAGGAAUCUAAUGCUUGUGCACUUACCUACAAAAGAUCUGGCCAUGGUAGAAAGCAUGCAUUUGGCUUUGGACAAUGUUGUGGGCUCUAUUUUUGAUGGGUCAAAUGAAUAUGAAAAGAAUAGCUCUGAAGUUCAGCUUUUGUUACAUCGAACAUUGGAAGGUCUGCUUCAACAGCUCGUUGCACUCAAAUGGACUGAACCCACUCUGGUGGAAAUUCUUGGUCACUACUUGGAUGCAUUGGGUCCUUUCCUGAGGUACUACCCGGAUGCUGUUGGCAGUGUAAUAAAGAAACUAUUCGAACUACUUACGUCCCUACCUUUCAUGGUUAAGGAUCCUUCAACUAGCACUGCUCGUCGCGCAAGACUGCAGAUAUGUACAUCCUUCAUUCGAAUUGCUAAGGCCGCUAACGGAAGCCUCUUGCCUCACAUGAAGGAAAUUGCUAGCACUAUGACAUACUUGCAAACAGAGGGUGUAUUACUACGUGCGGAGCAAAAUAUUCUAGGUGAAGCAUUUCUUAUUAUGGCUUCUUCUGCCGGGGUUGAACAGCAACAGGAAGUUUUGCGCUGGUUGCUUGAACCUUUGAGCAAGCAAUGGACUCAACCAGAGUGGCAAGAAGCAUACCUGACUGACCCAGCUAGCUUAGUUCGCCUUUGUGCUGACUCACAAUUUAUGUGGUCGAUAUUUCACACUGUAACAUUCUUCGAGAAGGCCCUUAAGAGGAGUGGUUAUAGAAAAGGUGGUCUUGGUCUGACUUCAGAAAACAGUUCACAAACAAGUUCUCCUCCUGGGCAUCCAAUGGUUUCCCAUCUCUUGUGGAUGAUGCCACCCCUUCUUAAACUGCUUCGUUCUGUACAUUCUCUCUGGUCAUCUUCUGUGGCUCAAGCUCUUCCUGGAGAAAUGAGGACAGCAAUGAUUAUGAGUGAUGCCGAAAAAACCAGUCUUCUUGGAGAAGGGAAACAUACAUUGUCCAAGGGCGCGUUAAACUUCAGCGAUGGAUCUCCAUUUGAUAUCAACAAGGAAUCUUAUUCAGAGCUUAGUGGAGUUGAUAUAAGGAAUUGGUUACGAGGAAUAAGAGAGAGUGGGUAUAGCAUAUUAGGCUUAUCUGCAACACUCGGGGAUUCCUUUUUCAGAUGCAUAGACCCUCAUUCUGUUAUUUUAGCACUUAUGGAAAACAUACAGUACAUGGAGUUCAGGCAUAUAAAGCAGCUGGUACAUUCGGUCCUCGUUCCAUUGAUAAAAUACUGCCCCUCAGAUCUGUGGGAGCUAUGGCUGGAAAAACUCCUGAAUCCAUUACUUAACCAUGUCUCGGGGGCUCUUAGCUAUUCUUGGUCUAGUCUUUUACAAGAUGGAAAAGCAAAAGUUCCUGACCUGCAUGGGGUACUUGCCGGUUUAGACUUAAAAGUAGAAGUGAUGGAGGAAAAGCUUCUUAGGGAUCUUACUCGUGAGAUUUGCUCCUUUUUCUCUGUUCUUGCUUCCCCUGGACUUAAUCCCGGGCUUCCUUCACUAGAACAGGCUGGUCAAAUGAGCCACAUGGAUCAUUCUAAGAGGGACAUAAACGCAUUUGCUUGCAAUUCUAUAGUUGGAUUUGUGUUGAAUAACAAAAAUCUUGGGAUUCCGGUGUUGAAAAUAUGCAUUGAAGCAUUUAAUUGGACCGAUGGUGAAGCUAUGACUAAAAUUUCUUCUCUGUGUGGACAAGUAAUUCUCGUAGCAAUUUCAACAAAUAAUGUGGAGCUUAGAGAAUUUGUAUGCAAAGAUUUAUUUUCUGCUAUUAUCCGGGGUUUGACCUUGGAGUCAAAUGCUGUUAUAAGUUCUGAUUUGGUGGGUCUAUGUCGUGAAAUCUUUGUUUAUCUGUCCCAUAGAGAUCCAUCGCCCAGGCAGAUUCUACUCUCCCUCCCAUGCAUUACCCAUCCAGACUUGCUUGCUUUUGAAGAAGCUUUGUUGAAAACUGGUAGUCCGAAAGAGCAAAAGCAGCAUAUGAGAAGUCUUCUGAUAUUGGCAACAGGAAGCAAGUUGAAAGAGAGAGCGAGGUCCCGCAAUUUGGAUACUGCUCCAGAAUCAAGCCGGGAUGAAGGGGAGACCAUUGGAUUGGCUGCUAUUACAUAA